GUGGCGCGGUAUUGGUAUAAAUUAAUUAUACCUCUUUCUAGCUAAUGUACUUUAGUCUGGUAAACAGGAAAUGUUUGUUUUUUUCUGCACAUAUCCUGCUGGAAUUAACCGAAUCAAAUCUGGAAUGUGUACAUUUAUGUUACAUUUUUUAUAAUAUAUAAUGUAAAAGCCGCAAGGAAGAAAUCUUUUAACAAAUGUUUCUUCUUAUAAAUUGAAAAAAAAACCUACAAAAUAAAAUGAAUGUGGUAACGAUUACCUUCUGGGGACUAAAAUCAGAUCAUGCGAUCAUUAAUCGGUUUCUGAUAUAAUUUUGUGAAAGGUUCUCGUGUCAAACAAAUUGCUUACUUAAAACAGAAGACAAUAUGGAAAUGCAGGCCAUGAGGAUGCCUUAACCAUUUGUUUGUGUAGUAAAGUACAAAUAUCAUGUGUAUUUUCAACUGUGCUAAUCAAUGGAAUUAUAUUGACAGAUUGAACCAUUCAUUCAAAAAGGUAAUGAAAACUUGGUCCAUCAUAUUUUACUAUAUGAAUGUGACAGAAAUGUCAAUGACAGUGUGUUGGAUCUUGGCCAUGAAUGCUACCAUCCUAACAUGCCGGAUGUUUUUCAUACAUGUGAAACAGUUGUCUUUGCCUGGGCCAUUGGUGGAGAGGGCUUCACGUUCCCACCACACGUUGGUUUAUCAAUUGGAAUGCCAACAGAUCCUAAAUAUGUUCUUAUGGAAAUACAUUAUGAUAAUCCAUCACAACAAGAAGGAUUAACAGAUAAUUCUGGCAUUCGUCUGUACUACACUCACCAUGUAAGAAAAUAUGAUGCUGGUGUUUUAGAGACCGGCAUUUGGGUCAGUCUAUAUCACAUGAUACCACCAGGUAUGGGUCAAUUCACCUCAGAAGGACACUGCACUAUGGAAUGCUUGGAAGAGGCUCUAAGUGCAGAAAAUCCAGAAGGGAUUAAUGUGUUUGCUGUUCUUCUACAUUCACACUUGGCAGGCAAAGCCAUCUGGGCCAGACAUUACAGAAAAGGAGAAGAACUGAAGCCGCUUGCCUAUGACACAGAAUUUGAUUUCAACUUUCAGGAGUAUAAAUACUUAGAAGAAGAAAGGACCAUUGUACCAGGAGACAAUAUAGUUACUCAGUGUCAAUACAACACAAAAGGCCGAACAACAAUGACUUGGGGUGGGCUGAGCACCAGAGAUGAAAUGUGCCUAUCUUUCUUGCUUUAUUACCCCAAAGUUGACCUUGCCCGAUGUGAAAGCAUUCCAGAGAUUAAACAGCAGCUAGAGUUUAUUGGGGUGAAGGAGAUAUACCUGCCUGUAAAUUCUUGGCCAUUUAUAAUCAAGAGCCCAAAGAAGUACAAUAACCUCUCAUUUACGGAAGCCAUGAACACAUAUCAAUGGUCCAGAAAAAAAGGAAACUCCUUCAAUCAACGGGCCCUUCAAAUUCCAAUAAAUGUUAGAUGUUCUAAACAUGAAAGCAAUGAAUGGAUGGUUCAAGGCAUGAUUGUAUCACCGCCUCAAGUGAAACAGAUAUAUCAGUCGGAAGAAUUUGUCUGUCUUUCACUGUCAUCUUGUCUGAACUCCAGUGGAUUCAUAUGCUUAGCUGUAAUUAUUUGUAAUGUGCUGUGCAUAUAACAACACAUCAUUCAUUCAUAAAACUGCCUCAUCUUUUAAGCAUUGUAUGGAAUAUAAGAUACAUUUGCACUUUUAUAACUGAUUUUUUUUUACAAUAAUAAAAUCAUUUUAUUAAAUCAUUUUUUCAUGAUACAUUUGGAAAUUGUAAGGGCUAUGCAAAUAACUGGGAAUUUAGAAUUUACCCUUUAAACUGUUUGUAAAUAUGGUAAAUAUAUGGUAUAAUAUUUUUGUCUAUAUAGCAUACUGUAUAACCUGGGCAUCUGAAUUUCAGUUUAGUUGCUUUCAGAUUGUUCACAUGAAAUAAAGAC